GAGAUACGGAUAAACCAACCUUAUCAUUUGUACUAUAAGGGAUAGAUAAGAAAAGUCUGUAGAACUAAAUCCUUUUCUGAGAGCAAUGGCUAAACUUAAGGUUUUAUUGAAUAUUGUUCCUCUUCUUUUACUCCUUCAUACGGUUCUAGCAGAUUCAGGGAAUUCCCAUGGCUGUGGGGGACACGGGUACCUGACCACCGACAGUGGCAUUAUUCACAGUCAACCACCUGCCCAGAGCAGGUACGAUAACAACAUGGACUGCACGUGGCGGAUUCACGCCCCGCCCGGUAAGGUCAUCAGGCUGACGUCAAACUGGUUCAACGUGGAGCAGGAUGGAACAUGCAGUUAUGAUUAUUUGAAUGUAUAUGAUGGAUCAAACACCGGAGCGAAAUUGAUAGAUAAAUUUUGCGGUCAUCGAACUCUGAACAUUCUGUCAUCUGGACAGAACCUAUACCUGGAAUUCAUAACUGACGAUAGUGAACGGCUAAGAGGAUUUGAACUGUCCUACAAAUUUGUCUAUGCCUCUGAUACCUGCGGGGGAAGAGAUUUCCAGUGCCGUAACAGCCACAGGUGCAUUGACUACUCUAUGGUUUGUAACGGCAUCACAGACUGUGUGGACGGAACUGACGAAUCAACGUGCAGCUUUACCACUGCUCCGAUAUCGACAACUUCCGGCUCGGUCCAUCCUAUUUCUUCCGGAAUUUGCAACACUGAUGAGUUUUCGUGUCCUGAUCAUUCCUGCAUCCCUCGGACCUGGCUGUGUGACGGGGACAAUGAUUGUGGAGACAGCAGUGAUGAGAGGAAUUGUGGAAGCUCACAAGGUUCUACUGUGUUACCAGCACUGUCAUCCGGAUGCGGAAGUUCUAGCACACAAACAGGCAUGAUGGGUAGUUUUAAUAGUUUAAAUUACCCAUCGAACUAUGAUACUGACUUAAAUUGUCGAUGGGAAAUCAACGUUCCCACUGGCAUGCACAUAAGAUUGGUGUUUGCGGACAAAUUCGGACUAGAGGACAGUGAAAAUUGCAUGUAUGACCGAGUCACAAUCUAUGACGGAAGCCAAAGCAAUCUCAUAGGAAAAUAUUGUGGAUCACAACAUCCCGGUACCAUGGUGUUGUCCAGUAACCACGUCAUUGUACAAUUCACCAGUGACGACAGCAACGGGGACAUAGGCUUCCUUCUUCACUGGUCAGCCACCAAUGCGUCUGUGGUGAUCCCCGGAGACUCUCACACCACACCUGCACCCUCUGGAAUGAACUGUACCCAAGACAUUUAUAUCAACGACACACUGUCGGCGGGAACCAUUUCUUCUCCAAACUUCGGAGUCGGCCUUCAGUACCCUCCAAACUCUCGAUGUGUUUGGAGAUUUUUUGCUCCAUUUGGUUACGCUAUCCGUCUGACAUAUACACAGUUUGGCGUGGAGGGUGGCAGAGCCUGUCCCUUUGAUUCUGUAACGGCGUUUGACGGACAAACUUCCACGGGGAGAAUGAUAGCAAAGAACUGUGGUAACACGAUACCAGCACCCGUUGUCUCCAAAACCAACGCCAUGUUCGUCAGCUUCGUAACGGAUGGUACUACACAAGACAUGGGAUUCAGGGCCACUUAUACGGCCGAAAAAGUCUCUGUAUCCACACAAACUGUUUUGACGGAUCAGGCAUGUCAUGGAAGCACACCACUCGUUCUCAAUCAAACUAGCGGCUUUAUCUACUCCGAGAGAUUCACCCUGGGAAUGAACUACCCAGACAAUAUCAACUGUAGAUGGCACAUCAAGGCUCCAACAGAUAAAGUUAUUACCCUGCAAUUUAAUACCUUCUUCCUAGAGAAGGAUCGCAGCUGUCAGUACGAUAAUCUACAGGUGCUUGAUGGACCUCUGGCCAGUUCUCCGCUCAUUGGUCGCUACUGUGGAAUCAUCUACCCACAGAAACUGACAUCGACCGGAACAGACCUGUAUCUGAGAUUUCAAACCGACGAAAGCGAAAAUGAGAUAGGAUUCAACAUCACAUACACAGUACAUGAUCCUAUACCAACUUGUGCCCCGAGUGAUUUCACGUGUAGUGACGGUACGUGUAUUGAUAGGACAUCGGUGUGCGACGGGAUCAAAAAUUGUGCGAGCGGCAACGAUGAAGUUGUAUGUGCCUCGAACUGUGGAAUACCAGCCAUUUCACCGUCAUUGGGUAACUCUCGGAUCGUUGGAGGUAAAGAAGCAACCCCAGGAAGUUGGCCGUGGCAGGCCUCAAUUGUAUAUGGUUCCUUCAAGGACCAUAUGUGUGGCGGUACCCUUAUUUCAGACCAGUGGGUCGUGACAGCAGGGCAUUGCUUUGAAGAUGAUAGAUCAACGUCAAGCUGGCAUGUAGUUCUUGGAAAUCAUCACUUGAAUAGGCAUGAUUCGCAUCAAAUCGUCGUCGGAGUCUCCAAAGUUUUAGUCCACGAACGUUAUGACCAGGAUACUACGGAGAAUGACAUCACUCUCCUGAAAUUAGCAACUCCUGUGACGUUGAAUGAUUACGUCAAUAUUGUCUGUUUACCCAAACGAACGGUAUCGAGUGGCCAGCACUGUUAUAUUACGGGAUUUGGUGACACAAUGGGCACGUGUUGUCAUGACGUUUUGAAGCAAGCCGAAAUUCCUAUCAUUGAUGUGACGAGAUGCAAUUCUACCAGAUACACGGACGGACAAGUGUUCAACACAAAUAUAUGCGCUGGUUUGGACAAGGGAGGCAUUGAUACUUGUCAGGGAGACAGUGGUGGUCCCUUGGUUUGUAACAUUGACGGAAAAUGGCAGCUUGAAGGUGUGACGUCAUGGGGAGUGGGAUGCGCAGAUCCUAUGUCACCAGGAGUAUAUACGAAAGUAUUUGAUUACGUGAAUUGGAUACAACAAACGAUUGUUCAAAAUUAAAACAAGAACAACUGAACAAUUUUAUUGUUAACGAUUUUUUGUAACUAAAUCGUCCUAAAAUUUAUUUUAAAGGUUUUAGAAUAAAUAUUUUUACCUGUAUUA